UGAGCUUUGUGUUCGGCGAACCGGCUUGAUACUUGGUCAUCUCGCUCGCAACAACCUGCCGCAUGCUGUGACAUUGUCUUCCCACGAUGGCUUUCGGCAGCGCUGUCACAAGAACCACCAUAAAGCGCCCGUGGCUUUGCGCUUCCUGCCUGCGGCAGCUUUCGAGACAGGACCGUCAAGCCUCUUCUACGCCUCAGGUCCGGCAGACGUGGCAGCGUCCACAAUGGCUAAACACGCAUACCGCAUCCCAAUCGUGCAGGGCCUUCCAUACGCGUGGAUCGGCCCGCCGCGAGCAGGUCGACCAUAAACGACAAGCGGUUCCUUUGGGCGACUUCUACACGGACCUCCUUUCGUCACCGAUGCGCGAGACUCCCCACACAGAUAGCUCAUUACCUACAUUCGUCCCAGCCAAAAAUGAGACUGUUCAAGAAAGAGCUAGAAAACUGUUUGGCACGAUUGAGGGCUCUGGGUACCACCGCAGCACGUCAGACACGCCCGACGCGACGUGGCGGACGAUAAACGGCGUACCUGUGCCUCCAAGGCCCGCCGAGCCAGACAAUUGCUGCAUGAGCGGCUGUGUACAUUGCGUGUGGGACGACUAUCGUGACGACGUGGAGGCGUGGGCUGCAAGGGUCCAUGAGGCCCAGUCAAAGUCACCGAAUCGGCACACCGACGGCUCGAAGAUACGCCUCGCUCGUCCAGAGGUACAUGAGGCUUCAGGUAGUAUGGACGACGACGGUGGUGGGAGUGAAACGCUAUGGACAACACCUUCCGCUGUGGAUGAUGAGGACGUCUUAUUUGCUGGAAUUCCUGUGGGAAUCAGAGAAUUCAUGGCUACCGAGAAACGAAUCAGGGAGCGUAGACGAGCCAAGAAGGAGAAAGGUCAAUGAUGGGCAAUCUUAUAAAUCUGCACCCCUGCUAUUUGCAUUCCGGGGCUGGUUCCAGCACCUAGGGCCCCCUUACGAAGUGUGAGCGACAUUAGCGAGUUGGAUCUCAUCUGCGCAUUGAUAUAUGAAGCUUCAUGACAUACUAUCAAUACAGCACACUAUAUUCAAAACAGCCGCACUUGGUCGGCCUGACAUGUCUCUGUAUUCCACAUGGGAUAGGACUAAGCUUAGGUGGAGUGCCUCUCUUCAUAACGAUCAUCAACUGGCAUCCUCCCGAAGCGCGUGGGAAAUCUCAGCUGCCGAUCAGCCCGAUUGAGCUACAACUUCGACAGGAAACUCUCACGACCGAACACUUGCCUGUACCAGACAGUGAGGGCACCAUCCCGCAACCUACUGCGAAAGUAGGGAAGUGUGCUUGCUCGAAGUAUCGAAUAUUCUUUGAUGCUGACAAGUCCCAACCCGCCUGCAAAAGGGUGGGAUGGAUGCUGAAUGACAGGUAGGACGAGGCCGGCUUCAUUUCCUUUCAUGGACGAUCCAUUGACACCUACCGAGAG